AUGCCAGGAAUUAAGACCGGUGUAAGCAAAACUGUUCCGGUAGUUAUCUGUUUUAACAACCGUUUCAAUGCUUUGGUCUAUGAUGGUGCCUGGCAUCAUUUGUGUUUCACUUGGGAAAACACUUAUGGUGAACUCAAACUGUACAAAAACGGUAAAUUUGAAGGCCAGCAUAGGGGUCUUGAAGUGGGAUAUACAGUCCGAUCUGGAGGCCAUUUAGUGCUCGGGCAAGAUCAAGACACCUUUGGAGGAGGUUUUCAACUGGAGAACACACUGAAUGCCCAACUGGCUGAGGUCAACAUGUGGGACCGGGUUCUGUCCGAAAGCGAAAUUGCUGCUCAGUACACAAACUGCAGGAUACCAAGUGGUCCCGUCGUCGCCUGGUCCGAAUUAAAAACGCUAACCCAUGGCAGUGUGAUUGUCAAACAUUGA